AGACUUUACCUGUUGGAUCUGUUGCUGAAGCUCGAUCGUCUGCAAAACUACACCGGCUUUUUUCGACGCUUUCCUCCCGGCCAAUCAAAGAAGCAUUUGAUUGGGUUUGGAAAAGAAACGAUCUUCCAUUCCUUCCCUUGUAGAGGAAUAAGAUAUCUUCGAUCAGCUGUGUCGUGUGUGCUUUGGAGAGUCCAAAUUCCAGUAGCAGAUAAACAAUGAAAGCAAUAGUGAUCAGCCAACCGGGCGACGCAGAAGUUCUUCAACUGCAAGAGGUUGAGGACCCAGUAAUCAAAGACGAUGAGGUUCUGAUCAGGGUCGAGGCCACUGCGCUCAACCGGGCCGACACGUUGCAGAGGCAAGGCUUCUAUCCCCCGCCCAAGGGUGCCAGUCCCUACCUGGGUCUCGAAUGCUCUGGGAUCGUUGAAGCCGUUGGAAAAAAUGUCUCCCGCUGGAAAACCGGCGAUCAGGUAUGUGCUCUUCUUGCUGGUGGCGGAUAUGCUGAGAAAGUAGCUGUCCCAGCUGGGCAAGUGCUUCCCAUUCCACCUGGUGUUUCCUUGAAGGAUGCUGCUAGUCUUCCAGAGGUGGCCUGCACCGUUUGGUCAACCGUGUUUAUGACAAGCCGGUUAGCGAGAGGAGAGACAUUGUUGGUUCAUGGAGGCUCAAGUGGAAUUGGUACUUUUGCUAUUCAGAUAGCCAAAUACCAAGGAGCAAGAGUGUUUGUUACUGCAGGUAGUGAGGAGAAAUUAGCUGUCUGCAAGGACCUUGGAGCAGAUGUGUGCAUCAAUUACAAAACGGAAGAUUUUGUCGCGCGAGUGAAAGAAGAAACUGAUGGAAAAGGUGUGGAUGUUAUUCUUGACAGUAUUGGAGCUAGUUACUUCCAGCGGAAUCUCGAAAGCUUAAACUUAGAUGGAAGACUUUUUAUUAUCGGAACCAUGAGCGGUGCAGUAACACAGCUAGACUUCCGCAGUUUGUUUGCAAAGCGCCUGACUGUGCAAGCGGCUGGCUUGCGAAACCGGACUACUGAAAACAAAGCAGUUAUUGUUAAUGAAGUUGAGGAGAUAGUUUGGCCAGCCAUUGCAGCAGGCAAGGUGAAACCUGUGAUCUUCAAGUAUCUUCCAUUGUCAGGAGCAGCAGAAGCCCACAAGCUAAUGGAGAGUAGCAAGCAUAUUGGGAAGAUACUGCUGGUUCCAUGAUGACAUAGAUUGUCAAGAGACCAAUAUGAAAACAUGAUUGCUGAUUAAGCUGUGGUUGAAGUUUAGUUUGAUCUUGGUACCAUCAAACUUGGCAAUUAGUAAUAAAAUAAUUACCGUGUAGUUGUGUUUCCAUGGUUUUGGUUCGGAUUUAACUUGAAUGACAGUAGAAAAGGAUUGUUGCCGGGCUGUCUAAAUUUAUAACUGAGAUUUCUUCAGUUCAGUUAA